UCCCCCUCCUCCAGUGAAGAGCGGGUUGUUGCCUUGGCAUCACACAGUACCGUUGGUCCCAAGACGCUACAAGAGAAGGAGGGGAAAUGGCCCAAGCGGUGACCAUGUCUACCGCUAGCCUGCUGCUCCAAGAUGAAGAAUUGAGCCUGGCAGACCGAGCUCGUACCCUGCUAGCCACACGGAAGCUCAGCCUCUCCCCUAACAUCUUAGAGCUCCUAACCAUGCCUUCCUUCCUAGAUGAACUGGAGGAAGAUUGCCGGCCUCGUAUUUCAGAAGACCUAAAAAUAGGUUUUAUGAUCUCGGAUCAUGCCACUCAGACUGAUACAAGUGAAAUAGGGGAUCUGAAAGACUUUACAGCAACAACAAGAACUUUGUUAAAGUUCACAAAUGCAAUCUAUGAUGAAUUUUCAAUGUAUAAAAAUGUCCUUAAGGCACAGUAUGAGGAGAAAAUACAGGAACAGGCAUUCCACCUCUGGUCAGAAAUUGAAGAUAGACUGAAAUACAUUGAGGAAUUUUAUAAGCAGAAAGAAGCCAACAUACGAUAUAGCUACCAGCAACAAUUAUGCGAUGCACUUGCAAUCCUCAGAACAAACUACACGAAAUAUUUCCAUAUCGAGGAAGAACUUGAAGAAGGUGAAGUAUCAUUAGAAGAAAAGAUAGACGCAAUGAGAAGCAAGAUCGAAGAGCAGUCCACUCGGAUUCGAAUGUUAGAAGAAGAACUAGAGGACUAUCAAACAAAGGAAACCAAAGCGCUUACACAACACGAGGAAGACAUUGAAAAAGACAUGCUGCUUCAUCAAGAAAAUUGGGAGUUCAAACAACAGAUUGCUAGCCUUAAUCAAAAGCUCUUAUACCUCCACGAAACUGUGAAGCAUAAAGAGAAAGAGAAAGCUGAUUUAGAUACUGAAAUCAGACAAAUGCAGGACAAAAGAGAAAGAGAUCUGAAGACAAUAGAAAAGCUAAUGAACUCUCAAGAAAUACUAAAGUUGGAACUUGACAGGGAGAAGCAGAGAGUUCUAGCUAAAGCUCUGGAAGUAAAACAAGCACAAGAUGUUGCAGCAAAAUUAGCAGAAGCACAAGCAUCUAUCUCAAAGAGAGUAUCAGUCCAUGUAGCAAAAAAAGUAAAGAAGCCAGGAAAAGGAAAACUAAGAGAACGGAGAGCAUCUGCACGAUCAACACCCACAAAAGAAGGAGCCACAAAAGAAGCAGCCGCUAAAAAAGUGUCUGCAGAAGAAGCGGCAGCGAGGGAAGCAGCAACAGCAAGCGAAGUAGCAACGAAAAAAAGUGGCUCCGGUGCAAAGGAUGAAGUUUUGGGAGGGUUACAAUUUAGUGACAAGGAGGCUGAAAUAAAAGCACUGAGAGAGGAGAUAAAGAAGCUUAGAAAAGCUUUACAGGACGUCAGGCAGCGUGCUCAGAGACUUCAACAGGAAAAUCUGCAAUCAAGUCGAGCUUGGAAACUGAAAUUUGAAAUUCUAAAGAAAAGCCUGCAUGCAAUUAAGGACGAAAUGUUUCUUCGACAAUCGUUGCGUCAAGCAACAAGGUUUAGACGCCCGUCACUAACUGAUAGGACAGCUCUUCCUCUGCAUAUACAGAACCCUUCACACAUCAAGGAUCCAUUUUCGAGUAGUUUAUAUAUGCAUUAUAUGCCUCUGCCUGAGAUAAAUUCUCAGUCAGGGGCAGAGUCGAAUGAAGAAGACCUUGACAGAACUAAAAUUCCAGUUUCCAUAAGCAUUCCCAGUGCAUUUACGUGUGAGUCUACGGAUGAAGACUACUGUGAGGAACAGCCGCUUAUGCCUUCACCUGGCUCUUCUGUGCCCUGAAAGUGUGCUAGGGGCCACCUGCAAGAUGAAAAGAAAAAGAAUGCCGCGGCUAGAAAUGAAAUUCACUGCCAUCUCUCAUCUCACACAGAAGAUCCCCAGUCCAGCUGCCCUGUCUGUAGAGGGUGAACACUUGCUUUAUCCUACAGACCUCUGGGGGACUCUGAGCAAAAUAGGCGACACCAGAAACCACCCUGUCCUGAGCGUCCCAAUCAUGAAGUAUGGUCGAGAUGGAGAUUACUGGUUUUAAUGGUGCCUGAUUUUGCUCAUUCCCUGCAGAGAGUUAGUUUGGAGUUACUUCAUUUUUAUUUUAAAACAAAAUGUUUCCUGAAUAAAAAGGUCACAUCAGCCACA